CGCACUGACAAAAUUGUAUCAGUCACGGGGCUUCUUUAGCACAAGAUUUGACAUCGCUCCGGAUCACGUUGUCAACGACCAGAAUUCAUUUUCUCCUGGAUUUUGUAGACAGCUCAGGUGUUGACCGCUUAAGCUCUAUCCUCGAGAGCAGCCUCAAGCUAAAGGACAAUGACUCGCAGGCCCAAAGACUGAUCAUCAAAGACGUCCUGAAGUGUCUGAAGGUCAUCAUGAAUACCGAAGCCGGCUUCACGAGCGCCACAGAGCAUCCAACCUUACUCCAAGUUCUGACAAAGGUUCUAUUGCACCCGCAUCUCAAGCUUCGGAGUCUGGCUGCAGAGACACUAUCCGGUAUUUGCGUGCUCUCUCCUCCUCUGGGAGAAUUGAUCAUACUUCCUGCUGUAUCUGAUCUCGCACCUCCCGGUCGCCCUUCUCGUCGAUUUCAAGCCUUGAUCGACGAUUUUUAUGCCUCGAGCCCAGCACCGCUUACAAGCUCUGAGAAUGACCUCUGGGCGUGGCGAAGCUCCCUGCUUGGCUUAUUCGAAGCUGUCAUGGACUCGAUCGAUGACUUAGAGAGCCGCUGCGAGCUUCGCAGCGAGCUGAAUAGGCGAGGUCUGAGUACAGCUCUGGAGCUGCUGUGGGACCAGGAGGCAACCGUCGAAUUUCUCAAUCGGGUCGACAAUUUCCGAGUUCAUCAAGAGGUCGACAUGCAAGAAUUGCGACAGUCACGUCUCGAUGAUUUCUUGCCCCGGUCAGAGGAGGCUCAACUCAGUUCCGCUCAUAGCGCCCCAGAGAAUGAGGUCAGCUUGGCCGAUAUAGAACGCCAGAACGUAUUCGCGGUGAUCACUCAGAACAAUGAACUGAAAGCGGAGCUCGAAAGAUGCCAGAGCCUGCUCGACCUGAAAACGAAAGAUGAUGACUAUCUCUAUCGCGCGCUUGAGACAGUGCGGUCGAGAUUGAACCGGCACACAAUUGGUGACAAUGCUGAUGAGAGGACUGCUCAGUCCUCGGACCCGCACCUGGUCGCGACUCAGGUCGUCGCUCGAUUGGAGGAGCAGGAGGAGCAGCUGAUGGAACUGCGGAGACAAGUUCAAGCUUUGUCUUCGGCCCCGCCGCUAUCCUCGAACACAGGCCGGGGGUCAGAUACGUCCUCCGCCUUGAGAGAGGACAGGGAAUCGAAACAGGAGAAACACGCGGAUGCUGAAAUGUCCCUUUUCGUUGACGAGGAAGGAGCUCCCGCAGGAAGAGUGCUCCCAACUACAUAUGACUCGGCAGCAUCACCACCAUCAAUAUCUUCUUCUUUUUCUCCUGCCCCACCACCACCACCUCCCCCUCCCCCGCCUCCCCCUCCUCCUCCCCCUCCUCCUCCCCCUCCUGCUGCUGCUGCUGCUGCUGCUCCUCCUCCUCCUGCUGCUGCUCCUCCUCCUCCUCCUCCUCCUCCUCCUCCUCCCCCUCCUCCCCCUCCUCCUGCUCCGCCGCCGCCACGGCCUACAACCAGCUCCCUUCUGUCCAUGCCUCUUGCUCCAGCCCUGAUCCCGCCCCCACCGCCACCUCCACCAUUGCUCGCUCGUCUUCCGCUUGCUAGCCCCAUUGCUACCACCAGGUCAACCAACUCUGCUAAAGUCAAGCCCUUCUUCUGGACCAAAUUGAAUCCUGUCCAAGGUGCUGGUACCAUUUGGGAUACCCUUGGAUCAGCUCUGCCCGAGCAUGGGCUGUUCGACGAUCUGUCCAGAGCGUUCGCAUUCGAAGAUCAGAAACCCAAAACCGUUACGACGGAUCGAACCCCAAAGAAUGUCUUCUUGUUGGAUAUCACUCGCUCUAACAACGUCGCAAUUCUUCUUGUUAGGCUAAGGCUUGAACCGCAGCAGAUAAGGCGAGCAAUCCUUCAAGUCGACAACGACGUCUUGGGCACAGAUGAUGUGGAAGCGUUGAGCCGUUUGAUCCCGACUGCGGAUGAGAUUGUUCGACUCAAGGCGUACAAAGGGGAUUCCGAAAAGCUGGGCAAAGCUGAGAGAUAUUUCUUAGAGAUCAGCCCGAUUCCCGAACUCAAGUCUCGGUUCGAGACUAUGAUAUUCGUCCGUCGAUUCCUGUCGCUCUUAUCAGAGGUCGUUUCAGACUUGGAGAUUCUCUCAAGAGCUGCCACACAGCUGCAGGCAUCGCAAAAGCUCAAAGGAGUUCUGAGCACGGUUCUAGAUAUCGGGAACAGAAUGAAUGCCGGGUCCUUCCGUGGGAACGCCAAGGGUUUCAAGCUUGAGGACCUUCGCAAGCUAGGUGAUGUCAAGAGUAUCAAGGGUUGUCCAUUUCCCACCAUGCUACACUACCUUGCAGCGGUUCUGCUGCGAUCUCAGCCCGAGUCGACGACGACAUUUGGAGAGGAAAUCCCGGCCCUUCAGUCUGCUGCUCAGCUACUCCCGGCGGAGAUCUGCAGAAAUGUGGAGAGCAUCAUUCAGCAAUUCAAAAAGGCAAAAAUCGCAGCAUCUCGAUCAACAGUGGCUCCCGACGAUCGACUCCCAGAGAUUGCCAGGUCCUUCAUAGCUUCCGCCGGGUCCGAUGUUAAUCGACUUCAAGGGCGAUACUCGGCUGUUGAUUCCCAGCUGACUUGCCUCGUUGAUUUCUUCGGAGAUAAAGAAGUAAAAGUAGAGGAUCUCUUUGUGGCCAUACUAGAGUUCUCUGUGGCACUGGAGAAAGCUGCAGCGGAAAUGGCGCUGGACGCUUCCCCAUCGACACGACUACUUCCAGAUAUCAAAGGAGACGGUGGUCUUCGGCGACAAGGUACUAACGACACCAUCAUCUCUCGCAUGUCGGACAUAGUGGACCAGCAUCAACGGCUGGGUUCCACCGAAACCAUCAAAACUUUGAACCAAGGUCAAUGGACCCUCAAAUCAACAUUCCCUCGUGGCGAUCUGGACGCUGCAAUACGAUCUGUCAGGAGGGGCGGAAGCGUUUUCAAACGACAUGAGCGGGAACGAUCAACCGUCAGUCGACAGCCUGGCGGGACGGUCAGAACCAACAAGUUGAGCCGGAUGUUCUUGGAUGCGCCAAUGCCGCCAACGGUCGACCGACGAUCCUUAAAUCGAGUGCCUCAUUCGCAAGACAGAUAGCACGCAGGUGUAGCUUUUGUGGAGUCACAACAUUUACGACCGCAUCUUGAUAUCAGAAUCUUGGUAGGCACAUACAUUCUGUCUUGUCGUUUACAAUUUACUGCGUUGUUUCCGGUGAUUUCCUAAUUCAGUCUCUGGCAAGGAUGACUUCUGACGCUCCUAUCGUACACUCUUACAAUAUUCAACUUUCCUCUCGCGUAGACAACAAUGGGGGUUCGGUGGCGUCGUUACUCAAAAUGGUGAGGUGAUGUGGU